AGCUGUGAUCCGUGCACCCUGCGCCCUGCGCCCCCGGACGGUUCCGCAGCCGCGCCCGGUCCCCCGACUCCCCGGCACCCCGACUCCCCGGGCCGACAUGUCCCAGCCGCCCGCAGACUGCAGCCAAGGCGACGCCCCGCGCGCCGAGGGAGGCGGCGGGAGACGGGAGCCGGAGGAGGCCGGGGGAGGCGCGAUGGCGGCAGCCCGGGGAGCCCGGCUGGCGGCGGCCCGAGCUGGAGGAGCUGGCCCGGCACCAGCAGCAGCAGCCGCGUCCCGGGAGGCGCGCAUGGCAGAGGUCGCCCGACUCCUGGGGGAGCCCCUGGAGGACGAGGGUCCCGAGGGCAGGCCGCGCUCGCGGGGGGCGCUGGCCGCCUUGCCCUACCUGCGCCUCCGGCACCCUCUGAGCGUAUUGGGGAUCAAUUAUCAACAGUUCCUCCGCCACUACCUGGAAAACUACCCGAUCGCCCCCGGUCGCAUCCAGGAGCUGGAGGAGCGGCGGCGGCGCUUCGUGGAAGCCUGCCGGGCGCGCGAGGCCGCCUUCGACGCCGAGUACCAGCGCAACCCGCAGCGCAUGGACUUCGACGUGCUGACCUUCACCAUCGCCCUGACCGCGUCCGAAGUCAUCAAUCCCCUCAUCGAAGAACUGGGCUGCGAUAAGUUCAUCCACAGGGAGUAGCUGGAGUGGUGAGGUGGGGAGGAGUGGAGGUGGGGGAGCCUGGGCCUCUCGCUGCG